AUGGCUUCCACGACCCUCUUCCGUCUCGCUACGCGCUCCUCGUCCGCCGCCUCCCUCUUCAAGGCCGCACCAUACACCGCUCGCGCCAGGCUACCGGCUGCUGUUCCUGCGCCGGCCGCCAGACUCAGCGCCUUCAGCACGACCCCCAUGCGAUACAGCGGCGCCCACGAGGAGGAGACCUUUGAGCAGUUCUCAGCCCGAUAUGAAAAGGAAUUCGACAGCGUACAGGAUGUCUUCGAGCUCCAGAGAAACCUUAACAACGCCUUUGCGUACGAUCUCGUCCCAUCCGUCGCUGUCAUGACCGCCGCUCUCAAGGCUGCCAGAAGAGUCAACGACUUCCCCACCGCCGUCCGUGUUUUCGAAGGAAUCCGAUCAAAGGUCGAGAACAAGUCCCAGUACGAAGUCUACCUUGAAGAGCUCAAGGAUCUACGAGAGGAACUCGGCGUCGUUCUCCAGGAGGAGCUAUAUCCAGAAGAGUCCAAGUAG